GUCUGUGCAAAGUCUUUUUUUGAUGAGUGAAGGUGUAGAAUUGACUCUGUGUUCAAAACUCACAUUACUGUAAUAUGUAAAGCUUUUCUCAUCAGGUUGGUGAAAUGGCCUCAAAGCAAAUGGAAGUUGCUGCUCUGGGUCGACCUUUUACCCUCGGAAUGCUCUAUGAUGCUCAAAGAGAUGACCUGAUCACAGGUUUGAAAAUGUGGGAUGAUAAAACUCUACAAAUGAAGACAACUAAAAGUUUCAAACACAGCAGUAAUUUUGUCAUUGCUGAAUCUGACUCCAUUGAAUCCAAGUCCACUCUGCUGGAUGUUAAUGCUUCUCUGAAGGUCAGCUUCCUCUCUGGACUGAUUGAAGUUGGAGGAUCUGCCCAUUACCUGAAAGAUCACAAAGAAUUCAAGAAUCAGAGCAGAGUGACUGGUCAGUACAAAUCUACAACCCACUUGGAACAGUUGUCAAUGACUGACCUGAUGACUUUAGAACCCCAACAAAAGGACGUUAUCAAGAAGAGCUCUGCAACACACAUAGUCACAGGCAUCCUUUAUGGGGCAAAUGCUUUCUUUGUGUUUGACAGUGAAAAGUUAGACAGCAGCAGCAAUGAAGAAAUCGAGGCCAGCAUGAAACUCAUGAUGAAAAAGAUCCCUUUAUUUAGUGUUGAGGUUGAUGUGAGCACCAAAAUGACAAAGGAAGAAAAAGACCUGAGUGCUUCAUUUUCUUGUAAAUUCUUUGGUGACAUCAUCCUUCAAAGCAUCCCUUUCACAUUUGAAGAAGCAGUGAAGACCAUUGGACAACUUCCACAGUUACUGGGGGAUAAAGGAGAGAAAGCUGUCCCAAUGAAGGUCUGGCUGAUGCCACUGACUACUUUAUAUCCAGAAGCUCUUGAGUUGAAGAGUGAGAUCCACAGUGGACUGGUGGGGAAGAUACAGCGUACUCUUGAAGAUUUGGUGGAAAUUCAAAUGAGAAGCAACGAAUCUCUAAAAGACAGAGUGGGACAGAACUUUCCACAUAUUAAAGAAGAAUUAGACACUUUCCAGAAGUUGUGUCGCCUCUACACAUCAAACCUCCAGGGGACCAUGAAGGAAAAAAUCCCCUCCAUCCGUGAAGGUAAAGAAGAAGAUGAGGGCUCAUUAGAAAAAACCAUUGACAAUAGAGACGAGUCCCCAUUCAGUCAAGAAAAACUAAUCAAGUGGCUGAAUUAUAAGGAGAGAGAAAUAAACGUCAUCAGAUCCUGUGUAGAGAUCAUGGAGGGAACAAAGAUCGUCAAAAAUCAGUCCGAGCUCGACAGAGAGGUUCUUGCUGCAGAUGUAGACAAUACUUUGUGCUUUGUUUUCACCUCCACCAAACGGGGCGACACUUACCUUGAUGAGAUGGCCACAUAUUUGGACUCUCCAAGAUUGGGGAGUACCACUGAAGACCAGUGGUUCUACUCAGAUGAAGUCUUGACCUCUAUGAGACGAAAAGCCAAAGCUUUCCAAGACUUCACCAAAGCACAGAAGAACAACAACCGGAUCCGUUUCCUCAUCGCAGUCAUUCCAAAUGAGAAAUACAAAGGAGCAACUGUCUACCAUUACAAGCAGGGCAUUCUGGUCAGUGAAGAUUUCUCAGAACCUGACCUUCAUCCUGAAAAGAUCACAGACAGGAGAGAUCUGAUAUUGUAUGCCUGUGAUCUCACCCUGGACCCAAACACUGUCCAGAAUUACCUUGUUCUGUCUGAUGGAAACAAGAAGGUAACCAGUGGAUCAACAUGGCAAAAAUAUCCUGACAACCCAGAGAGGUUUAAUGUACACACUCAGGUGUUCUGCCAAGAGAGUUUAUCUGGGCGCCAUUACUGGGAAGUUGAGUGGGAUAAUGCUUCUGUUUCAAAAUCUAUUUAUGCAGCUGUUGCAUACAAGACAAUCAAAAGAAAGGGAGAUGGUUACGAUAGUGGAUUUGGAAAUAAUUCCCUAUCAUGGGCUUUUGGCCUUUCGGGAAAAGAUGGAGAAAAUGUACUCCAUGCAUGGCACAAUGCAAAGGGGUGGAAUUCUCCUUUUCCCUCUGGUGGCUGCUCAACACUCGGUGUGUUUCUGGACUGGCCUGCAGGCACUCUGUCCUUCUACAAUGUCUCCUCCAACACACUGACACACCUCUACACCUUUCACACCACCUUCACUGAGCCUUUGUACCCAGGCCUCUGGGUGUACCAUACGGGCAACUACGCCUACCUGCGUCCUCUUGAAUAGGGUGUUGUCUUGAAUGCUGGUGACUUGUGUGAUCCUUGGUCUGUUAAUAGAGAGAUGGGGUUACAACGAAAGUUUCAAUGGUAAAAUGGCAUCACAUGUUUGCUUGAACUUGUUUUAACGAAUUCCAAAAUUGUAAAAUAACAAUUAAGUUACAAAAUUCAUCAUUUUCAGGUUGUUUCUUUUUUUUAGUUCAUGCGGAACCUCAAAACUGUUCCUGCUUUAAAGUUAGUUUCAUCUGUAUUUCAUGAAUCACAUUAAUUUUUUUUUUAUUCCUUUGAGAGCCUUGGAAAAACUAAUGUUGAAAAGCUUGUGUAACUACUUUGUAAUUUUGUAAUGGUAAAGUGGGCUUUGUACCAAUUCUGUUCCUAAACUCUGACCAAGUCUAAUAAAGUACUUUCC